CGAAGAUGUCGAAUAUUUAUUUAUUUAUUCAUUUAUUUAUUCAUUUUUGGAUCUUUUGCUCACGGUCGUCUUUCCACACCUCAUUUCAUCCGGUUGUACCGGUAUGGUAUAGCAUCAUCGCAGCAGUCUUUUCGUCGUUCUCUCUUGUAUCUGGAGAUUGCAAUUUAAUAAUUGACUAGCUUGUUCUGCCUUCUGUCUCCAUCAUUGUUCUUGCCAUGCCGAACGAUCCUGCUUCACUCAUCUGUAGUGUUGGCUCCGAGGCAUCAGCCCUGACGGAUGACGAGAUCCGUGGCCACAUUGAUGCCUUUCUGGAAAAGAUGGGCGAGAGAGACGACAUCAUGAUCAUUCCUCCCGACUACACGAGAUUUCCUUCCCAGGCUGGAAAAAUCACGCAGAUGGUGUGCGAGUACUACAAUUUUAUCGUCAAGGGCGAUUUCAAGCAGCCGUCUACUGCGGAUGCCAGUGCCACUAAGAGCAGUAGUUGCCAAACCAACAUUACCAUCCUCCCAGCUCUCGGCACACAUGCGCCCAUGACGCCAACGCAGAUUGAGUCCAUGUAUGGCACACAACUCAAAGAAAAGGAUCCAUUUGUGGUUCAUGAUUGGAGAAAUGAUGUAGUAACCAUUGGACAUGUUCCCAACCAAAUGGUCCUCGAUGCUACCAGAGGCAUGGUAGACGAACCGUGGCCUGCUCAACUCAACAAGAUUGUCUGGGAGAAACGAAAACAUGAUCCAGAAAAACAAAAGCACAAAUCUCUGGUACUGUCCAUUGGUCAGGUAGUCCCUCAUGAAGUUCUGGGAAUGGCCAACUACAACAAGAACUUGUUUGUAGGGGCUGGUGGAGUGGAAGCCAUCAAUUUGUCUCACUUUAUUGGGGCCGUGUAUGGCAUGGAAAAAAUGAUGGGACGAGCAUCCAAUCCACUACGUUCCAUACUCAAUCAUGCCAGUGAGCAGUUCCUACAAGAGUUGGAUCUGUGGUACAUUCUAACAGUGAUUGGGGCCAAUGAGAGCACGGGGAAAUUGGAGGUGAAGGGUCUCUUCAUUGGCAAUGAUAUUGAAUGCUACAACAAAGCGUGUGAUCUCUCCUUAAAGGUCAACUUUACCAUGUUGGAUACAGCACCCUCCAAAGUUGUGGUGCACUUGGACAAGGACGAGUUUCACUCGACAUGGUUGGGAAACAAAGCAAUCUACCGAACACGCAUGGCCAUUGCCGAUGAGGGCGAAUUGAUCAUUCUAGCACCCGGCGUGAAGCGAUUUGGAGAGGAUGACAAAAUUGAUGAACUGAUACGAAAGUACGGUUAUGUUGGCACGGAUACGAUUAUGAAGGCUUUGAACGACAAUCCAGAACUAAAGGACAACCUGAGCGCUGUGGCUCACUUGAUUCAUGGAAGCUCAGAAGGACGCUUUUCAGUUACGUACUGCCCCGGACAUCUGACCCAAAGCGAGGUCGAAGGCGUGGGGUUCAAGUAUGGAAGUUUAGAAGAAAUGUCAAAGAAGUAUCCUGUCGACAAGCUCAGUGAUGGCUGGAACGACAAUGUCGAAGGCAGUGGAAAGUUCUUCUUUAUCCGGAAUCCAGCACUGGGGUUGUGGGCCACCAAGGACAGAUUCGAAUAGUGCUACAAUAAUUCACAUAUAGCUAGAUAGUGACAGCUAUCAGAGAUGUUAACGUCAACUACAUCUUCGUCACAUUUUAUUUAGUUAUCA